UUUUUUACCUGUUGAAGUUAAGGGUCUGACUCCUGGGCUUGGGCAUUUACUCAUAACAUCUCUCUGUGUUUUUGGCUAGCUUAGUAUUAGCAUGCUGUCUGUACAGGUGCUUGCAAAAACCUGAAGCUGUGUUAGCAGCAUAAUGCAGCUGUUUCUGUCUACUGUAACAUCGUGCUCUCGUCCUAUUAUGCAAUGAAUUGAAAGUAAAGUCCAUAUCCACGCUGCAGACUGUGCCACUGUUUUCCUCCUCCUGCAUGUGAACUUAGAUCAGCUGAUAAUCAGCUGAUUGUUGUUUGAGUGCUACAACUGAUAACAGUGAUCCACAGGCAAGCAAACCAACAAUUCCAAGAAACUGAACUACUGGGAACUAGUUCUCUGCAAGAACUGGUUCUCGAUUCCCUUCCCUAACUGACAAUGAUGCUCUUACGUUGCUGUGGAGUAAUUUUAGCACACUCUUCUUUUCAGAAUUGUUCCAGACACAUUCAAGGGUCUAAAUCUUCAUUUUUUUGUACUUUUCUGAGCCAUUUAGAGGUGGAUCUUGUGGCGUGUUUUGGACUAUUGUGCUGCUUAAUAACCCGAGUGAGGUUAAGCUUCAGGGCACAAACGGAUAGCUGGACCUUCUUCGGGACUUUCUGGUAGAGAGCAGGAAUCAUGGUUCCAUCAAUUACGGCAAGUCGUCCAGCAGCAAAGCAGUCCCAGACUAUCACACCACCAUAUUUGACUGGUGGUAUGAUGUACUUUUGGCUAUGUUAGUUUUACACCAGAUGCAACGAGUCCUGUUAGUCCACAGAAUAUUUUCCCAGGCCAGGACAAUGAAGGCUGGUGCAAGACUCCUGUCUGCACUGACUCUGCUCCUCCUACUGGGGGCAGUGUUCACACAGAGGCCUCGGCCAAAGAAGCCCACCAGGCGCCCAGCUACCCCCAGAAAGCCUCCUGCUCGUCUCCCAACUGUACCACCCCAGCCUGAGCCCAAGGAACCAACAGAUUUCCCCCCACCCAUCCUGGGCCCACCUUCCAUCUUUCCUGACUGCCCCCGGGAGUGUUUUUGCGCCCCAAGCUACCCGAAUGCGCUCAACUGCGAGAACCGGAACAUUCGUGUAAUCCCAGCAAUCCCAUCCAGGACUCACUACCUGUAUCUCCAGAACAAUUACAUCUCUGAGAUAACCUCGGAGCCCUUCCUCAACGCCUCUGAGGUCCGCUGGAUCAAUCUAGCAAACAACCGUAUUCAUCAGAUAGAUAAGCAGGUGUUUGAAAAGCUUCCAGCACUUCUGUAUCUCUACGCCCAACGAAACCAGCUUAAUGAAGUCCCUUCAGGCCUCCCAGAAACUCUGGAACAGCUCCGCCUUAGUAGGAAUCGUAUUUCCAAGAUCCCACCUGGGGCCUUCAACAACAUGGGGAGCCUGACUAUGCUCGAUCUGUAUCACAACCAGCUGAGUGACAGUGGCCUGGGUAAGAACAGCUUUAAGGGCCUUACGAACCUGGUGCAGCUCAACCUGGCUCAUAACACGCUGAAGAAGAUGCCUACUAGUAUACCAACCAGCCUCGUGCAGCUUUUCUUGGAUAGGAACCGUAUUGAUGACAUCCCAAAAAACUACUUUGACAACCAUGCUCACCUGGCUUUUGUGAGGCUGAACUACAACCAGCUGAGUGAUAAAGGAAGAAAAAUCAGAUACAUCAAUGGCACCCAGAUCUGCCCAUACAGCGUGCAAGCUGACCCGAGUGAUAUGAGCCAGGUUCCCAAGCUAAGGUAUCUCCGUUUGGAUGGAAAUCACCUGAACCCUCCCAUCCCUCUGGAUGUCAUCAUGUGCUUCAGGCUCCUUCACUCUAUUGUCAUUUAGGAAAACCAUGCCUAAAGGCAUGGGGGCUUGCACAUGCAGUACUGUGCAAAAGUCUUGAGCUACGCAGCAUUUCUUUAUAUUUUGC